AUGUUCAAAAAUUCUCAAAAGCAUUUAAUUUGCUACCAUGGAAUGCUUGUUUGUUUCCUUCAGGGACUAAUACAACACUUUUGUAUGGGUGGAGCUAUGAAACGACAGAAAGCAAGGAAAGAUGUGAAUGAAGAAAUAAAAGUUUUAAGUGAAAGGCGAAAAUUUGAAAGAAAGAAAAGAAAUGAAUGGAACAUGGUUGAGUAUAAACAUCAACAGAAACAUCGUCUUAACAUCAUGCAGACAAGGUCUAGGAUAACACGAGUAAACGUCAUUAGACAAAAUGCGGUCAAGAGGCAAAACAAUUUGUCAUGCGAACAUAUUUUCUCGUGCCUCAUAUAA